UAAACAUUAUGGAAUUGGGUAGUUUGCCAAUGCUGAUGAAUCAUUUUUGUGAGAAGUUAGAAGGCAUUCAUUUUAUGAUUGACCUGAAGGAGAACAAGAGAGCUGAGGAGGGGGAGGAGGAGGAGAGUACCUGCCAGGAACUUAUUGAACACCUCUCUGAAGAUAUUGAUACACUCUCGUCAAUUCUUGUAGAUAUUAAAUCUGUUUUGAAACAAAGACAGCAAAAAGUGGAUGAAAUGAAGGCUUUGACACAUUCACUUGAUAUCAGCAGUCUGCAGCAUUUGAUGGACAAUAUUCCUCCACAUCUUCCAAAACCAGUGAAAACAGAUCCAACCCCACUACAAUCCUGUGAAAGCGAAACAAGUGUAGCAUCUUCUUCCUCCAAUGACAAGGAAAACAUCCCAAAUAAAAGGAGUCGCUCAAGAGGAAGGAAGCACGCAAAGGCAGUUUACAUCCCUGCCCUGGUUUACAUAACUGUGGAGGAAUUUGAGGAGGUUCCAAAAUACAUGAAAGGAAGACUGAAUUACAAUCAGGUAAACACUGUCAUUGAUGAACUGAAUAAGGCAUUGAGUGAGAAGUACAAAAUCCUAGGAAUGAAGAGAACCACACUUAAUGAUGUGAACAGGAAGCGAUAUGAGAGAUACAAAGAGCAGGAGUCCAAGGACACCAAAGGAGAGCACUUCAUAGUGGAUACUGAUAUCAAGGAAUUUACUAAUUUCAAACUGGACAGUGUUGGGCGGUCAGUGUUAACGAUACUACGUCACUGUGGUCGAACCAAGGAAAUCCGAGGAGGAAGGCUCACUCGAUACGCAUGUAUAGAAGUCUACUAAACCAGGCCUGAAUCAACAGUAAUCAACAGAAUCAAUCUUGUUAUAUAUACAAAUAAUUGUAAAGAUUUUGAUAAUGUACAUUAAUAGAUCAGAUGUUCUAAAGGAGUUUUUAUACUUGUGGGAAAAAAAUAUGUUCUUUUUCUCUUACCAUACAUAUCCACAAACCAGCUUUUCAAUGGAUUAAAAUUCAAGGAGAGAUAACUCAUGCAUGUCUACUUACAUCAUGUAUCAUUUUGUCUUCCCUUCAAAGAGUAUUGUUCUAACCAAGUUUUUUUCUCUUCUCUAAACAGAAUGAUAGUUAAGACAUCUUGUUUUCGUCUCCCUUUGCUGUCUGUCUGUCACAAAGUUGCACCAGGCCACAGCUUCAAUUUUUACACCCCUUGAUUGGGAAUAAUUUCAAACACUGGAAUAUGUUUGCCAGUGAUCUAAAGGUGUGAUGCUCCAUAAGUUAUGCAUAUUAGAUCUUAGGGUGUAGUUACAUAUGAGAUUCCUGUUUAACCCUGACCAUUAAUCUCAGACUCAAAUUAAAAAGGCUUUUGGCAAGGAAAUUGAAGAGGUUUAGCAUUUUUAUUGAACAUAUCUUUGUUAGAUUUGAAAUGCCUGUCCUUUUCCUUUUUUUUUUUUUUUCAAAUCUUUGUACCCCCUGCUUGAGAAGUGAGGGUAUGUAGUAAUGGGGGUGUCUGUCUGUCCAUCUAUAUCUAUCCUUCCUAUUUUAUGUGUUGAUUAGACACACAUGUUUGGGGUUUCCCACAGCAAAACACAGACACUGUCAUUCAUAUAAUAUGUGGGGUACCCAUCUCUUAUCCACAACUCCUCCUAUAUCACUGAAUAAAAUUUAAUGAGACUUUCCUAAAAUCUUUUAAAUUAUUACAUAGUGCCAUUGUGCAUCUCCUCUUUUACAUUUUGAUCAGACACAUAUUUGGUCUCUCCCAUAGCAAAAUAUGGACUUUAUCAUUAUACUCAUAUGGCAGGGGGGGGGGGUCAUUUUGUGAGCUCAUUGCUCACAGUGCCUCUAGUCUAACCUAAGUUGAUGGUAAUAAGCAUGGGUGUUUCAUUAUAAAAUGAUAGGUUUCUCGACCAGAUCUGACCAUUACCAGUGCCUUUGGCUUCAGAAUAAAAAUGUUUCUCAGUUUAAAAAAGAAAUGUCUGGGCCAUAAUUCUUUGUUAAACAAAGGCCUAAGAUACAGUCAAGCCUUAUCACUUGUUCUUUAAAAAAAAAUAUUAUCCCAACUUUUGAAUUUAGGCAAUUUGAAGGGAAGAUACAGUUUUAGUGUACUAAAUAAGUUUUAUUGUAAUUCUGUUGAUAUACCAGUAUGUGUAUGUUCAGUAUGAAAAAAAAGGUAAUGCUAUGCCAAAUAAUUAUUUAAUUUAGCCAGGUCAUAUGAUAAAAUGAAGAAACAAAUGUGUAAAACUUUGUCUUUUAUUGCAAUUUUUGAAUUCAAACGUAAACAAAAUUUGAAUUUAAGGUUCACUGACCCUCUGUUAAGAGAGAUAGUUCUCAGUGAGUUAAAUCACUAUUAUUCCUAUAUAAAAUUGACAUGUUAAAAGGACAUUUCUGUCUAAUUUUGCCCCCAUUGUAUGCUGAAAAUGUGAGUAUUUAAAUUAUAAAUUAGAUUUCUCUUGAAAAAUAAUCGUUAGCAGUAAAGGAAAAUUUUAUAUGGGUGAACAAAGGGACAGUGAACCUUAGAUAAGACAAAGACAUGUAUUAUAAACACAAUUGUACCAGGUGGUAGAUUUAAUGCAUCUUUAAAAAAAGGAUAAGACAUAAAUUGUAUCGAGACAGCAAAUUAGAGAGGUAUAUAGAAACUUGUUAUUGCAAAUAUAAUACAGUCAAACCUUGUUAUCUCGAACUCAAUGGGACCAAAAUUAAAUUUCGAGAUAUCCAAUGAUUCAAGAAAAACAUAAAGAAUGAGUUAUUGGGACUGCCAACUCACUUGGACAUAUCCCUUGUAUUCAAGAUAUUGGCAUUCGAGAUAAUGAAGUUCAACUGUAUGGAAAAGAAUAUACGGCAUGUUGUUUAAAAUAUUCAUUGCACAUAGCAAAAGACAUUUUAACAUAAAAGUAAGAGAAAACCAAUUUUAUGCAAAAUUAUAGCCCCAUCUUUCUCCUAAUUAAAAAAGAUAAACUCUUUGA